CCUCCCCACCCCCUACUCUAUGCCCGGGAUCAUCUACCUUUUGAAUUUUUGUACCUUCGGCUCUUGAGUUAAUGAGAUGCUGCCUUAAGAAGUCUUUGCAGCAGAUCUCAAGUGCAGGAAUAGGAGGAAAUCCUUCAAAUUUCCGGAAGAAGAUGUGGAGUACAAAGAGCCCUUCAGGCUGUUUGGAGUAGUCCUUUGGCGACAUCCCCUACGCACUGAAAACACAUGGCAGAAUAUAUUUCUGUGGCAUUUGCAGAAAACAGUUGGCAUGCACUGAAAUCCUGCAGGAGGCGGAAUUAUUUGCUCUCUCCUUGCCCUGCGGUCCGAGGCUGCGCUGGAGCAAAGGGGCCGGAUCCCGAGGUGAAAAUGGAGGAGCAGGAAUCGGCAAGCCCGGAGCUGGAGACGGGAUCAGGGAGAGCAGGAGAACCCCCUGGCAUCCUUCAAGCGGGGACCCUCACGCAGAGUCCCAGAGAGAUGGCACCUCUGCAGCGCAUGAAAGAGGAGCCGGAAGAGGGCCUGUCGUCUCAGCGCUGGGAAGCCCAGUGGCAAGAGUUCCUCAAGGCCGUGCAAUGCCCUCAGCCUGGAUGGGGGAGCCCACUUCUUCCACAUCCUGCGCCAGCAGGCCGCACAACAGCUCCUCUGCUCCCUGGCAGCUUGGAAGGACGGCUUCAGAGCUUCAGGCAUUUCUCCUACCAGGAAGCCGCAGGCCCACGGGAGACAUACAGUCGGCUGCGGGAGCUUUGCUACCAGUGGCUGAAGCCGGAGAGGCACACCAAGGAGCAGAUCCUGGAGCUGGUGAUUCUGGAGCAGUUCCUGGCUGUCCUUCCCCAGGAAAUCCGGAGCCGGGUGAGGGAACAAGGCCCAGAGACCUGUAUCCAGGCUGUGACCCUGGCAGAGAGCUUACUGCCGAGACGGGAAGAAGGAGAGCAGUGGAGAGAGCAGGGGACAGAGAGGCUGAACCAGGAAGUGUCUGCAAAUAUCCCAGUGGAAGGUGACGCAGUGCUGGAAAUCACCCAGAGGCCGCUGUUCAGAGAGGUCAAGCUAGAGGUCAAGGAGGAUGUCAGCUCGCUUGGAGCUGACGAAUGGCCUGGUAAGGAUGAGAGGGAGCUACAUGGAGUGUUGAUGGAAGUUGCUGAUCAUCAGGCAGUGGAAGAAGACGAUGGGGACGUGGAUGGGCCAGAGUGGGAGCAAGGGAGCAAAGUGGAGGAAUGGCCAAACAAAUCCAUUGCUUAUGAAGGCGGCCACUUCCACGAAAUCACAGUGCAUCAGAGAAGCCACAGCAGGGAAAGGAGGAACAAGUGUGACGUGUGUGGGAAGGUGUUCAGAGACGAAGCUUACCUUAAUAAGCACCAGAGAACCCACACCGGGGAGAAACCCUACAAAUGCUCAGACUGUGGAAAGAGCUUCCGUUGGAGUUCAGACUUCCACAGGCACCAGAGAACCCACACGGGAGAAAAACCAUACAAAUGUGCCGACUGUGGGAAAAGUUUUCGCCGGAGCUCGAACCUCCAUAGGCAUCGGAGAAUCCACACGGGGGAGAAAUCGUACAAAUGUUCGGAGUGCGGGAAAAGUUUCCGAUGCAGCUCAAGCCUGAUUAGCCACAGGCGAACCCACACCGGGGAGAGACCCUACGAAUGUUCAGACUGUGGGAAAAGCUUCCGGCUGAGCUCAGACCUUAUCAGCCACAAGAGAACCCACACCGGAGAGAAACCCUACGAAUGCCCUGACUGCGAGAAAUGCUUCCGUCGGAGCUCGCACCUUAAUACCCACAAGAGAAUCCACACGGGGCAGAAACCCUAUAAAUGCUCAGAUUGUUCCAAAACCUUUUCGGACCGAUCCAACCUUCUCAGCCACCUGAGAAUCCACACCGGGCAAAAGCCGUACACGUGCUCGGAUUGUACCAAGACGUUUUCCAAUAAAUCUAACCUUCUCAGCCAUCAGAGAAUCCACUCAGGAGAGAAGCCGUAUGAAUGCUUAGACUGUGGGAAAAGUUUCAGCGUGUGCCAGUACCUAACCAGGCACCAGAGGAGACACACGACAGAGAAGCUGCACGAGUGUGUGGAUUGUGGGAAGAGGUUCAGUCAGAGCCAGUAUCUUAUCCGCCAUCAAAAGCAUUCACACAGGAGGAAAAUGGGAGUUUGCACCGUAAUAGACAUACAACUCCCAGGAGUUUUCCAGGGGAAGCCGUGGAUGUUUAAAGUGGUAUCGGAGUGCUCUGAAUCUAAGCACAGAUUGGGGUCGCACACAGAGACAUUUGAAGGCUCCAUUCAAGAGUUCUACAAGGGCCACACUGAGACCAAGGAGGAAGAAGCCGACAGACAGCGCCAUCCCAUGGACUGGAUGCAAGUGGGAACACAUGUCAAGGAUGGAGGUGUAGGGCCUCUCGCCCGUGUGGGUCCGCUCGUGCUGGAUGAGGUUCGAGCUGCGCUUGAAGCUCUUCUCGCAGAGGGAGCAGCUGAAGGGCUUCUCCUCCGUGUGGGUCUUCUUGUGGUUGACGAAGUUCGAGCUGGUGCUGAAGCGCUUCCCGCAGUCGGGGCACUGGUAGGGCCUCUCGCCCGUGUGGGUCCUCUGGUGCGUCAUGAGGUGGGCGUUGGAGCAGAAGCUCUUGCCGCACAGGAAGCACUUGUAGGGCUUCUCCUUCGUGUGGAAGCGCUCGUGGACGAUCAGGUAGGAGCGCUGGUUGAAGCGCUUCUCGCACACCGAGCACUGGUACGGCUUCUCGCCCGUGUGGAUCCGCUCGUGCUUCACCAGGUCCGAGCUCUGGUGGAAGCUGCGCCCGCAGUCGGAGCACUUGUAGGGCUUCUCCCCCGAGUGGUUCCUCUUCUGGUGGCUGAUGAGGCUCGAGAUGCUGCAGAAGCUCUUCCCGCAUUCGGUGCAGAUGUAGGACGUCCCUUCGACCGAGCCGCCUUCGUCCAAGACGGGGAGGAGGCCCGGUGGGCCUUCCGGGAGAUGGCUGAUCUCGCAGAUGCCUUCCAUGUCGUGAAAGCUGGAAAGGCCGCCGGGCGCCUCCAGCAAGGGCCCACACGCUUCCAUGAGUGUGUGAGUGACCCCUGCCAGGCCCCGGAGUUAAGAGAGGUGAUGGCGUCCGAACGCAGGAAUGCAGCUGUCUGGACUGUCCCCCGAGAUGUCCUGCUGAAGGAGGAGGCAUCGGAGUCUGAACCGGAGGAGGCUGCAGGAACAGGCCCCUUGGCCGUCCACUCAGAGAGCCUCAAGGAAUUGUGGGAAGGGACCAUAACAGAGCACAUUAAGCAGGAACCCGAGGAAGGGCCUCAGGAGGAGUGCUGGGAAGCUCAGUGUCAGGGGCUCCUGAAGGCUGUGCGGUCUCCGCAGUCUGGGCCAGGAAACCUGCAGCUGGCCAGCAAUGGCCCAAGGGACGCUCAGGCUUCCUUUGAGGGGCGACCAGACACUGGGCGAGGCAGGGUGAUCCGCCACCUGCCCGGCCCUGGAGGAGACGUCCCCCCGCCCACCCACAGCGUUUUGGCCCUGGAUCGUGGGGAAGUGAAGAAGGAGGCUCCCAGCCAGGAGGUGGAGCGCCUGUGCUUCAGGCAGUUCCUCUACCAGGAGGCCGAGGGGCCGCGAGAUCUCUGUGGGAUGCUGUGGAGGCUCUGCCAUCGGUGGCUGCAGCCGGAGAGGCGCAGCAAGGAGCAGAUCCUGGAGCUGGUGAUCCUGGAGCAGUUCCUGGCCGUCCUGCCCCCGGAGAUGCAGAGCUGGGUCAGGGAAGGCGGGCCGGAGACUUGCGGUCAGGCAGUCGGCCUGGCGGAGGAUUUCCUGGAGAGGCAGCAAGAGAACGAGCACGAAAUACAACAGGUCCUCUGGCCCUUCAAGGAGAAAGCGGAUGAUUCCCCUGAGGCUGACGGGGCUCUGUCAGACUCUGGUGAGUGGCCGCUCACCAAAGUGGUCAAGCAGGAAGAUACAGCUGCUGAUGCCCCUUGGCUGGAUGGUGAGGAGAAGAAGAUUGUGCCAGUCAAUUCUGAAGAAGCUGAACCACAUUGGAUGCUGCCAGAGAGAGCAGAACGGACUGUAUCCCGAUACGCCGACUGGGGAGAAGCAUCCGAAAACCAGCAGGAAACUCACCCCCAUAAUGAAGAAGGCAAAUCCAUUCCUUUCCACCUCCCUGCCAUGCCAGUCCAGCAAAGGUUCCUCAAGGGUGAGACAUGCGCUGAGUGCGGAAAAUCUUUUCGCUGCAAGGCGGAACUCACCGAACACCAGAGAAUGCACUCAGGAGAGAAACCCUACAUCUGCUCCGACUGUGGGAAGAGCUUCUGCAGGAGGAAUGUCCUAGUUGCACAUCAGAGAAUCCACACGGGGGAGAAGCCCUUCAACUGCCCGGACUGCGGGAAAAACUUCAACCAGCGAUCGCAUCUUACGACACAUGAGAGAACUCACACGCAAGAGAAGCCCUUUGCUUGCCUGGACUGCGGACAGAGCUUUAGUAGGCGCACUGGGCUUGCGUCUCACCAGAGGAUCCACACGGGAGAGAAGCCCUAUCGCUGCCAAGACUGCGGGAAAAGUUUCAGGCAGAGAUUCGAUCUUAUUCGACAUCAGAGAAUCCACACGGGCGAGAAGCCACACCAGUGCCCCGACUGCGCCAAAAGCUUCAGGAACAAAUCCGCUUUCCACGUGCACAGAAGGAUCCACACUGAGGAGAAACCGUACCCGUGCUCUGGGUGCGGGAAGAACUUCCGGCAUCGCACCAACCUCCUCGCGCACGAAAGGAUCCACACGGGAGAGAAGCCCUACAAGUGUGGAGAGUGUGGGAAGAGUUUUGGUGACGGGUCGUCCCUCAUGAAACACAAGCGAGCCCACACGGGCGAGAAGCCGUACAAGUGUGCCGAGUGUGGGAAAUGCUUCUCUCAGAACGCCGGCCUGGUUCAGCACGAGAAGAUCCACACGGGAGAAAAACCCUUCCAGUGCCCAGACUGUCCCAAAAGCUUCCGGGACAAGUCGGCCUUUGUCGUUCACCACAGGACACACACGAGGGAGAAACCGUUUCACUGCUUGAUCUGCGAGAAGAGCUUCAGCCAUCGCUCCAACCUUCUCAAACACGAAAGAACCCACACUGGGGUGAAGCCAUACAAGUGCCUGGAGUGUGGAAAAGGCUUCACUCAGAGGGCAAAUCUCCUCGUACACGCGAGAAGCCAUUUGAAAGAGGAAGGGGAGAUUGGCUGUGCUCCACUAGGGGCACCACGGAAGAUGGCUGACAAUACCAUCUCUCCAGCUCACACAAGGAACUGGCGCAGUUCUCUGAACUUCUCCACGGCCUUCAGCCUCUCCGUUUCUGUUAAUUUCUGCGAGAAAAGAGGAGGUCUGAGUGUGGAAGGUGAUCAGCCUUCAAAACAUCAGGAAGAGAAUAAUCCAGGGAUCUCCUACCUUGUACUCCUGGAAAGCCUCCUUCAGAGGAAUCACCUCGUGGUGUUUGUGCUCCUUGGAUCUGUCACACACCAGGCAGAUGGGGGCUUCAUCCUCCUUGCAAAAGAGCUUCAGGGGCUCCUGGUGAUCCUCGCAGACUCCUCCUUUCCCUCCUUCCUCCUUUCCCUCUUGAAGGCUGAGAUUCUGGGCUAUUUCUACCAUAUUAGCCAGUUGCCGUUCAGGCCACCAGGAACCAAAAUGGCGGCAGAUCGUGGCGAUGCGUCCGAUUUUGGUGCAGAGACUGUCAGAAAGUUGGGUGUGAAGACUGAGAAACAGGACCCAGUGGAUAUCGAGCCAGGGAACGGCACAGCGAAAGAGCCUCGUGCCGCCCAGCCUGAGAGUCCCAAGGGAUUCUGGGAAGGUGCCGCACUGGACCAUGUCAAAUGGGAGCCCGAGGGGGCAGCGCAAGGAUGCUGGGAGACUCAGUGGCAGCGGUUUUUGAAGGCGGUACAGUCCCCGCACUUGGAACGAGGAAAGGUCCCCCAGCCGGGACCUGCACUGAGGGAUAUUUCUCAGGCCGAUCUGCCGCCCUUUGAGGGAGCGCCGGAGAGAGGCCUGCAGCUGAGGAGGCAGGAAGGGGCUCAACUCCUGCCUAGUGGUGAAGCCCAUAAGAACUCAGGGGCCGAAGGCGAGGUCCUCGUUCCUAGGAUGGUAAAGGAAGAGGACCUGGAUGCGGAGAGUGUCCGCCAGCACUUCCGGCAGUUUUGCUACUGGGCGGCUGAGGGCCCCCGCGAGGUUUGCAGCCGCCUCCGGGACCUUUGCCGACAGUGGCUGCAGCCGGAGAGGCACACCAAGGAGCAGAUCCUGGAGCUGCUGGUGUUGGAGCAGUUUCUGACCGUCCUGCCUCCAGAAGUCCAGGCCUGGGUCAGGGAGGGGAGUCCAGAGUCCUGCGCGCAAGCAGUGGCCCUGGCUGAGGACUUCCUGCUGCAGCAAUCCCGAGAGGAGGGGAGAUGGGAAGAGGAGGUCCCUGGGGUGUCUAAGGAGGUAGCGGCCGAGUCUUCAGAGGCAGAGCGGGUGCCGUCAGAUACCUGGAAGGCGGUGCUCAGCAGAGAGGUCAAGCAAGAGGGGGACGGAGAAACCACCUGUGCAGAGAAUCCACACGGGCGAGAAGCCGCACAAGUGCCCCGACUGCGCCAAAAGUUUCCGGGACAGAUCGGCUUUGGAUGUGCACCGGAGAACCCACACGAGGGAAAACCCUAUCAGUGUUCAGACUGUGGGAAAAGCUUCAGCCACCGCUCCAACUUGAUUACUCACGAGCGGAUCCACACGGGAGAGAAGCCGUUCAAGUGCUUGGAGUGCGAGAAAAGCUUCAGCGACCGGUCAUCUCUGACGGCACACAAACGGGCCCACACUGGAGAGAGGCCAUACAGGUGCGCCGAGUGCGGGAAGAGCUUCUCCCAGAGCUCCAGCCUCCUUUCGCACCAGAGAAUCCACACAGGGGAGAGGCCUCACGAGUGCCCGGAUUGCGUGAAGUGCUUCCGCGACAAGUCGGCUUUCUUCGUUCACCGGAGGACCCACACGAGAGAGAAGCCGUAUAACUGCUCUGGCUGCGGGAAGAGCUUCAGCCAUCGCUCCAACCUGAACACGCACGAAAGGAUACAUACAGGGGAGAAACCUUACAAGUGCUUGGACUCCGUGCGGCGACAGACAGGUACAAGAGAGGCUCGCCAAAGGCGGAGAGAGAAGACAUGCCUAGAGUGCGGGAAGGCCUUUCGGCGGAGGGCCGAAUUGGUCGCCCACCAGAGGAUUCACCCCAGAGGGAAGCCGUACGAGUGCCUGGACUGCGGGCGAAACUUUAGCUACAAAUCCCGCCUCAUCACCCACAAAACGAUGCACACGGGAGAGAAGCUGUACAAGUGCCCCGACUGUGGGAAGAGCUUCAGCCGGCAGCCGCACCUCAUAUCGCACGAGAGAGUCCACACGGGGGAGAAGCCCUACACGUGCGCCGAGUGCGGGAGGAGCUUCAGCGACAGGUCUAACCUGAACACGCACAAGAGGACCCACACCGGGGAAAAGCCGUACCGGUGCUCGCACUGCGGGAAAAGCUUCAGCCAGAGCUCCACGUGCAUGAAGCACGAGAGGAUCCACACGGGGGAGAAGCCCUACAAGUGCGGGGAGUGCGGGAAGAGCUUCUGCCAGCGGUCGCAGCUCACCAACCACGAGAGGACCCACACGGGAGAGAAGCCCUACGGAUGCUCCGUCUGCGGGAGGGAGUUCAGCAGGAGGAUGGUCCUCGUCACUCACCAGAGGAGGCACACGGGAGAGAGGCAGAAAGCGCAUCGGGGCUCGCACUGCGAGAAGAGUUUUGCUCAUGCUGCUGACUGUACGAGGCACGAAAGAAGCCACGCGAGGCAGGGACCGCAAACCGUUGGGUUGGUCCCAGGGCUGUCGGUGGGCACUCCGUGUUUAAAUAAAGGCAUCUCUGUGAUCAUUUCCUCCUUAUUCUACUGGGGGAAACCCAAGCGGAGUUUGAAUUUCCCAGGCGCGGCCAAGGCGAAAUCGAAGGAGGAGAAGGGGCGGAAGAAAGCCUUGCAAAAGGAUCAGAGGAAAAUGGCCGCCGAGCCAGGAGAUACGUUGACCUUGAGCCUACCGCCCGGUGCUGUGCUGAAGCAAAGGAUGAAAGUGGAGGAGCCAGACCCAGACGAAGUGGGGAAAGGCUCUCAUGCCAUGCAGGAUGGGAGUAUGAGGGAAUUCUGGGAGAGAAACAUGUCGGGCCACGUCAAGCAGAAGCCACAGAAGGGACCGCAGCAGCCAUGGGAGGCCCAGCUGCAGGAGUUCCUCAGAGCGAUGGAGUCUUCCCACUCCGACGGUAGAGACCAGCACCAGAGGACACUGGCGUUACGGGAUGAGGCCCAAGCUGGCCUGUCUCCAGGUGGUGCCAGGCCACGCCAGAUCCCUUUCCUGCCACAUCCCAGGAGAGAAGCCAACAACCUGCUGGCCAAAGAGGAAAGAGAGAGUGGGAAAGUGAAGGAAGAGGAGAUUGGUCCUGACGCACAGCGGCAACACUUCCGGCAGUUCGCCUACCAGGAGGGGCCUCGAGAGACUUGCACCCGCCUCCGGGAGCUUUGCCACCAGUGGCUGAAGCCCGAGAGGCACAGCAAGGAGCAGAUCCUGGAGCUGGUGAUCCUGGAGCAGUUCCUGGCCGUCCUGCCCCCGGAGAUGCAGAGCUGGGUCAAUGAAUGUCGCCCGGAGACCUGCGCCCAAGUCGUUGCCCUGGCAGAGGAGUUCCUACUGAGGCAGCAGGAGGAUGAGAGACUUGGAGGGAAGGAGGCAGUACGGGCCUUUCCUGAGGCAGAACGGGCUCCACCAGAUACCUGGCCGAGGCCUCACUUCAGGGAGAUCAAGCAAGAGGCCGACAGAGAUGCCACCUUGCUUGCAUGUUCUGCGGGGACACGUCGGAAGGAGAGGAAUCACCCGGGCAACACUGAGGAACUGGCGCCGUUUGUAGCGUUGUCAAGGGAAGACGAGCAAAACAUCGCCAGUCCAGCAGAGGACUCUGAGAGCCUGCAAGGAAACGAACCAGAAGCACAAGGCGGGAAAUUCAUUAAUUCUCAGGGUGGGUACGAGGACCUGGACGACAGCAUCGCGCCACAGCCAGCCGCCCUGAAAGGUGAGCAGGAAAACGCAGGGGUUCAGUUGGGGCAAGUUCUCAGGCUGCGGUCUGAUCUCAUAGUGCAGGAGAGGACACUGACGGGUGAGUCCCAGUACAAAUGUUCAGUUUGCUGGAAAACCUUUUGCCGCAGGAACGUCCUCAUCACUCAUCAGAGAAUCCACACCGGGGAGAAGCCGUACAAAUGCUUGGACUGCGGGAGCUUCAGCCAGCGAUCGCACUUGAUCUUGCAUGAGAGGACUCACACCGGCGAGAAGCCCUACAAGUGCUCGGACUGCGGGAAGAGCUUCAGCCAGAGGCCCCACCUGGUCAAGCACGAGAGGAUCCACACCGGCGAGAAGCCCUACAAGUGUCCCUACUGCGGGAAGAGCUUCAGCGACCGCUCCACCCUGACGACCCACAAGAGGACCCACACGGGGGAGAAGCCAUACUCGUGCGCCGACUGCGGGAAGAGCUUCAGCGACCGGUCGUCCCUCAUCGCGCACAACCGGACUCACACGGGUGAAAAGCCCUACAAAUGCUCAGAGUGUGGGAAGAGCUUCAGUCACCAGUCGACCCUCAUUCGACACGAGAGGAUCCAUAACGGGGACAAGACUCUGAAGUGUUUGGAAGCUGGGAAAAACGCAGUCUCCGUCUUGGGGGCAGAUAAGAGACCCCGCUUGGGGGACAAGCCCCCAGUGCCGUUGACCAAUUCUGUGAGUUGGGGGGAGCCUCUGUCUCUGAGCCUCAGCAAUGCCCCUUCUGAAAAAUGAAAAUAUAAUCUCCAUCAGAGGGUUGUUUGGAAUAAAAUUAAAUUAAAAUUAAAAAAGGUAAAUAAAAUAAAGAUGAUGAAGCAUUUUGGAAAACGAAAA